AUGCCCCCGCGACGCGCUCCGGAAGAUGAGCAGCGAGCCCCACCUGUGAAUAACAAUGGGGUUGAUUUUGCUCAAUUUCUACUAGCUCUCCAAGGCUUUAUGCAGCAACAACAGGAGGGUGGCAUGAAUGCUGGACAACCUCGAGUAAGGAAUUUUGAAAUUAUUGAACAGUUUCGAAGGAUGGGUCCACCAAGAUUUAAGGGAACCGAAGGGCCUGAAGACACGGAAGAAUGGAUUCGUGAGCUCGAACGAAUAUUUGAGCUUAUGGGCUGUAGUGAAGAGCAAAAAGUUUCAUGUGCGAUCUAUCAAUUGGCCGAAGAAGCAAGCCACUGGUGGGAAUCUCAUGCUCGAACAUUGACACUUGAACAACGCCAAGCUUUGGUUUGGAAGGACUUCAAGGAGUUGAUAAUGGAUCGCUAUUUUCCUCAAUCCUACAUAACACAAAAGGAGACCGAGUUCCUCAAUCUCAAGCAAGGAAAUAUGACACUUGUCGACUAUGAGAGAAAAUUCAACAAAUUGUCUCGAUAUGCAUCAUACCUAGUCGACACGGAUGUGAAGAAAGCGCGUCGAGAAGUUAUCGACCGAGCUCAAGCAGUCUCCAAUGGCUUGCAACUAGAGAUCAAAGAUCAACAACACCGUGACUCAUUCGGAAAGAGAAAAUGGGAAGAUUUUGGAAAAGGGAAAAAUGCUCCAACAAACAAGAAAUGGCAACCAACACGUGGUUCUUCAACAGGAUCUGCAUCAUCCAAAUCAAGCAAUGAGAAGUCUCAAUGCCCAAAGUGUAAUAAAUUCCACAUAGGCGAGUGUUGGCGUGGGAAGAACGUCUGCUACUCCUGCGGCGAUCCAGGACACAUGUCAUAUAACUGUCCAAAGAACAAGAAGGAGACGCAAAAGAAUAUUCAAGAGCCUAUGAAGAAAGUGAAGCCCCGAGUCUUUGCCAUGACAGAAGGAGACCCCGAUCCCGAGGACGGUGCAGACACCAUGUCAGACUCGGGACCUCGUUCUGCGCUGACUGGGGACCUGGAUCAUCGUGUUUUAAACCUUGCAGUUAAUGCCUCCACCGCUACCAUUGAUAUCCUCGUAUUGCCUUAG